UCGGAGUCCCUCCUGCAGGACACACGUGGCAGCCGCGCCGCAGGUCCGCCGACGGAACUGCGCGUGCGCGCUACCAUUCCGCGCCGCGGCGCCACCGUUUUUCCUUUUCCCGGGUCGCCAGUCGCCACGCCGGCCCGGGUGCUAGUCGGUUUGCGCACGAGCCUCCCGUUGUUCGUCUCGAGAGAGAGAGUCAGAGAGAGGAAGCAAAAUCGUUCGCGCAUCCUCCCUCCAGGGAACCCCAGAGGACGAAGAGAUAAGCAGCCGGAGACCGGAGUCGAGCCCACGAUCGUCCUUCUUCUCGCCGCCAUGGAUUUCAUGAAGGUGCUCGAUCAAACCGUGCGAGAGAUAAAGAGGGAGGUGAACCUUAAGGUGCUCAAGGUGCCGGAAAUCGAGCAGAAGGUUCUAGAUGCCACCAGCGACGAGCCAUGGGGUCCUCACGGCUCCAACUUGGCUGACAUUGCCAGAGCCACCAAAAGAUAUGAUGAAUGUGCCAUGAUCAUGAAUGUGUUGUGGCAACGGCUGGGGAACACUGGUGCAAAUUGGCGCCAUGUGUAUAAGGCAUUGACUGUGAUUGAGUAUCUUUUAGCUAAUGGAACUGAACGUGUUGUCGAUGAAAUUAUUGACAAUAGCUCACAGAUUGCGAAACUUACAAGUUUCGAGUAUGUGGAGCCUAAUGGAAAAGAUGUUGGGCUCAGCGUUCGAAAGAAGGCUGAAAAUGUUCUAGCUACCGUGGAUGAUAGGGAUAAACUUCAGCAAAUCAGAGAGAAGGCUGCUGCUACGAGGGAUAAGUACUUUGGUUUGUCAUCAACUGGAAUAACAUACAAGUCAAGCGCAGCAUCUGGCAGUGGCAGCUACUCAUCUGGUAUUCACUAUGGGAGCACACAGAGUUCAAAAGAAGCUGACACAUCCAGUAAUAGCUACAGAGGCAAGGAAUGGAGUAACCAAAGUAAAGGAUCAAUUUCAAAUUUUAGAAGUACUAGACAAAUGUCGAGAAAAAACACAAACAGUGCAACUAACUAUAAGCCAAUAAAGGGAGAACGGCGUCACAGGAGAAAUCAAGAUUCUCCAACAUCACACCUGAAAUCAUCAUCAAAUCUUCAUUCCACAUCUGGAGGAACAAUUUCACAGAAAGCAAAUGAAGAUGACGACGACGACUUCAACCCUCGAGAACCUUCCACAUCUGGAACAGCUAAUGUUAGCUCUAAUCAUAUGGAUCUCUUUGGACCAAGUUUAAUGGAUGACCUUGUGGACACCACUGCAUCUACUUCUAGAGCUCUGCCACGUGCUGGAACUGCUUCUGUGCCAGAAGUUGAUUUAUUUGCUAAUGCAGAUUUCCAUUAUGCUACUCCAGCAACUGGUUCUCACGCACAGGACAUUAUUGAUCUAUUUGCAGGCAGAUCAUCAUUUGCUGAUUCCAUCAAUUCAGAUACAGAAUUCUCAGGACGCGGAAAUAAUAAAUCCUCAGAGCAUAAUCCAUCUUGCCUUGCACAUUCUUCAGCCUCUGUUUUCUAUCCCUUCCAACCAUCCUUUGCAACAUCAUUCCCUUCAGACACAGAGUUCUCAGCGCAUGACAUCCCAGGUUCAGGUCUUAAUGAACCAAGACAUGAUCCUCCUGUAAGUGUGAAAAGUUCCGAUCAUAGUCCUUUAGAGGAGCUGAAUUUUGGUGCCUUCACUUCACGUACCGAAUUGCCUAAAGCAAGUGCUGUCAAAUCCUUGAACAAAUCACCCACAAAGCUGGAGCCGGCGUCAAUGUCAACAUCAAAAACAGAUGUGAAGAAAGGAUCCUUUGAGGUCAAGUCUGGCAUAUGGGCUGAUUCUUUGAGUCGUGGCCUGAUUGAUUUGAACAUAACUGCCCCAAAGAAGGUCCAUCAUUCAGAUAUCGGGAUUGUUGGGAAAAUGAGUAACGGAUCUGAGGAGGAAGCCUCAGCUGCUCCAUGGUACAUGGGGGCAACUAUGCUCGAUGGAUAAGGCCUUGGCAGUUCUGGGCUUCUGGCUUUCCGUCGUCCAUAUGAACCAAUGGUGUUGGUGGAGCAGAGAUUUCUAGCAUCAGCAGUUUGGAGACAUCUAGUGAUCUUUCAUCAAGAUGUUCUACUUUGCCUUUGAGAGUGAACAUGUCUUCCUAUCCAUGCUCUGUUGCUCUUGUAGAGUUGCAAUAUCUGAUUUCUGGACCAUACCUGUCCUGUACUACAGUGUAUUCUAGAGAUUUUAGAAUAAAUGAAAGAAUACAAAAGACAUAUCCUUACCUUAUUAGUAGGAUUUCCUUUUUCUCUUCCCA